GGAGGGAGAGAGAGAUGGAGAGAGUGUAGAUGACGGAGCUCACGAGAGGAUCCCGGAGGCAAACGCCCGACGACUUUCGACGGCGAAUCGAACGACGCGGUGAGUCCAUCCCCGACCCCUCAGGUGAUUUUUGAGUUCCCGAUUGGAAAUCGCUAGCGAACGGCUCGUUGUGAUUAUUGAGUCUCCAUACACAGCGCCAUGGAUGUCGUUCGAAGAGUUUGUCGGGUGAUGGUUCGGGGUUAGUCUCAUCGUGGAAUGGCGAUGCGCGUGCAGUUUAAAUUCUGGGUUCUGGUUGUUUAACCCGAGCACGCAUUCCCUCUUGGAUAAUGGUGACUGAAACUAGCUCGGUAAUGUCGAGUUGUAGAAGUAGAGCUUCCAUUAAGACCUGAGACUACGAGAUGAUCGUGGACGGCGUCGUUGUUUUGGCUAUCUGGUGAAAGUUAGCUUGUGUUAUGAGUCUGUGUGGCCGCUGCCUUACUGUGGAAAACCUGGGUGGUGUUCGGGACACGGGAAUGAGAAAAAGGUAAGAGAGGAGGAGGGUUAGAAGGCUUAGAACUUUGGAAGGUGCAAGAGGCAGAAAAAAUGGUGGUGCUGAUGAGGGUUUUGACUCAAAGGUUGAGAAAGUCAGUCGGGUCAACAGUAUCUACACGGCCACGGGCUGUGCAUUCUGUUGCGGAGGAUAAGCAUAGCUCCCAAAUUAUCAUGUCGCCGCCUCUUGUUUCACUUGAUCUCCCGGAUGUGUGGGCUCCCAAUUUUAGCCAUUCUGGUCCGCCAUUCAACCACCCAGCAUUGAGUAUAUUGGAUAUUCAUCACAGCCAAUGGACAGACAGCUGCGAUGAUCGAUGGGAAGUUGAUUGCUGAUGGAAUCAGGUCAAGAAUAGCGAGUGAAGUUGGAAGGAUGAAGAACUCUAUUGAUAGGAUUCCGGGCUUGGCUGUAAUUAUGGUGGGAUGGAGAAAGGAUUCUGAAACUUAUGUCAGAAACAAGAUGAAAGCUUGUGAAGAAGCUGGAAUCAAGUCUGUACUGGCACAGUUACCUAACGAUUGUUCAGAAGAUGACAUUCUCAAGGCCUUAUUAAGUUUUGAAAACGAUCCGUCAAUUCAUGGUAUUCUCGUGCAGCUGCCUUUACCAAAUGUAACUACUCAAAGCUGCUCUCUUAUAUAUUCCCUAUGGCAGCAUUUGAAUGAGGAGAGAAUUUUGAAUGCUCUGAGCCUAGAAAAAGAUGUUGAUGGCUUCCACCCACUUAAUAUGGGUAAUCUUGCAAUGAGAGGAAGGGAGCCUCUGUUCAUCCCCUGCACUCCAAAAGGUUGUGUCGAGUUAUUGAUAAGAUCUGGUAUUGAUAUCAUGGGGAGAAAAGCUGUGGUUAUUGGGAGGAGCAACAUUGUUGGGUUGCCCACAUUCUUGCUGUUGCAGAGGCACCAUGCGACGGUGAGUGUUGUGCAUGCUUUCACUAAGAACCCUGAAGAGAUCACACGGGAAGCUGACAUCGUGGUCACGGCUGCCGGAGUACCAAAUUUGGUCCGUGGCAGUUGGCUUAAACCAGGAGCUGUCAUUAUUGAUGUUGGAACUCAUCCAAUCGAGGAUCCAAACCAUGAGCAUGGGUACCGUCUUCUGGGAGAUGUUUGCUAUGAGGAAGCCGUGCAGGUGGCGAGUGCUUUAACCCCUGUACCUGGAGGAGUAGGUCCCAUGACAAUUGCCAUGCUUCUGUCCAAUACUCUUGAUGCCGCUAAGCGGGCAUAUGAUUUUUCUUGACUUACAGGAUACAUGGAAAGACUUUUGUAUUUCUUGCCCAGAAUAUUUCUGAUAGCUUUCCUAUGGUGGGUAGCUUUUUUGUAGAGUCAUAAUGCACAGUAGCUGUAUAUGUUACGGUUAGGGAUCUCUUGAAGUUGUCAUAUCUUAAGAGAAAGGAGUAAAGAAAUAGUUUAUGUAGGUUUUUAUCCAACCA